GGCAGAGCACAUCUUGCAAGUUAAAAGCCUUUCACCACUCAUUGUCUCUCUCUCACUUUGUGUGGAGACGUACGUAUAUUGACGAUGGCUAAACCGAGCAAUAGCUAUGCGCCAGUUUCUGUGAUAGGGCCUCAGUUCAUGGCAUCAUCUAAAUUCGAUAUUAUAGUUGAUACAACUUUACGUGGAAACAUUGUGAUCACUGAUAUGAACCAUAAAAUCCUGCUCAAAGUGAAACCAUUCGACACAUCAUUUCAUCAUCAGAGAGUGCUACUUGAUGCUGAUGACGAACCCAUUGCUAUGAUCCGUCAAAAGUUGAUGACUGCACACGAACGAUGGAAUGUAUUCAGGGGUGACAGUAAAAGUAAUUCGGAUAUAAUAUUUAGCACAAAAGAACGACACAUGAUCCAGAUUAAGACUGCUAUUGAUGUGUGCUUGGCAAAUAAAACCAGUAGUGAUGUUUGUGAUUUUAAGUUGAAAGGAAGCUGGUCGAACAGAAACUGCACUGUUUAUGUGGGUGAUACUUCCACACCAAUAGCGCAAAUGUUUAAAAUGGAACCAUCGAAGAAUGUAAAGUGGGUAGAAGGCAAAUUCAUGGUGACCAUUUAUCCUAAUGUGGAUUAUGCGUUUGUGGUCACACUUAUAGCGAUUGUUGAGGCUAUGAAAAUGAUAAACUCUGACAAUAGAAAAAAGCUUUUCAGCGAACUUGGUACAAAUGUGGGCGGCAUUCUCACUUCCUAAAAUAGUUCUUUGAUGGAUCAAUAAUGGGAUUAUAUAUAUAUGGUUAAUUUCAAAUGACACACUAUUUAAUGUGAAAACUAAGAACACUACUUUAUAUUACUAUUCUAGUAUGAAUUUAAUAAGUAUAUUAUUG